CGCCGGCCGCGGGAUCAUGAGCGGCGGGCGCCGAUUGGUGGAGCCGGCUGGCGCCGCACGCGGGCGCAGACGCUGGUUGUUGUUGUUGUGAGUCGUGAGUCGGGGAUCGGGAUCGUUCGGAGUGAAGAGCGGGUCGGCGGCCACUGAGAUCCCGCUCCAGCAUGUCUUUGAAUCCUCCCACCAGCAACGAUGCAUGUCUGAGCAUUGUGCACAGCCUGAUGUGCCAUCGGCAGGGCGGGGAGAACGAGAGCUUUGCGAAGCGCGCCAUUGAGAGUUUGGUGAAGAAGCUGAAGGAGAAGAAAGAUGAACUGGACUCGCUGAUUACAGCCAUCACAACUAACGGAGCACAUCCUAGCAAAUGUGUCACAAUCCAGAGAACCCUGGAUGGCCGGCUGCAGGUCGCCGGCAGGAAAGGCUUUCCACAUGUGAUCUACGCACGCCUGUGGCGGUGGCCAGACUUGCACAAGAACGAGCUGAAGCACGCCAAGUUCUGUCAGUUUGCUUUUGAUUUGAAAUAUGAUAGCGUCUGUGUCAACCCCUACCACUACGAAAGAGUUGUGUCGCCUGGGAUAGGUCUCAGCCUCCAAAAUACAGCUCCACCCAGCCGACUGGUGAAGGAUGAGUUUGUCCAUGAAUGCGUGCAGCUGGAUGGACCGCAGGUCAUGCCUCACCCUGAGGAACACGGACUUCCACCAGUCAAGCAUCCGCCGGGCACACUGCCACCAUCUGAAACCUACACCCAGCCUCUCCCGCCACCAAUACUUCCUUUACCGGAGACGUCCAGAUCAACUGUGCACAGCUAUCCAAACAUUCCCAUAUCGCCGCCUCCAGCCAACAGUUCGCUCCUCAACAUGAAUCACAGUGAAGGCUUGCUACAGAUUGCUCCACCACUACAACAGAUAGCACCUCCCCCGACACCCCCUACGACAGCCCCCCCUCAUCCAUCUCAGCAGAACGGAUUCCCCCAACUCAAACAGCCGUACCACAAUACAACAGCCACGUGGACAGGCAGCAGCACGGCUGCCUACACUCCGAAUAUUGGGCCCCAACAAAAUGGACAUGGGCAGCACCAGCCAUCGCUUCAUCACCCAAGCCAUUACUGUCAGACGUCACAGCCGGGGGUGAUACCGUUUCUGCUGCGACAUGCUGCCACGACGGCACAGACGCACACAGCGCAUAAUGGAUCUUCGCAUCACAAUGGAACAUCCUAUCAGCAACCCAUUUCCAACCAUCCAGGCCCUGAGUUCUGGUGUUCCAUCACCUACUUUGAGAUGGAUGUGCAGGUGGGGGAGAUGUUCAAAGUUCCCUCCAGCUGCCCGGUGGUGACCGUCGAUGGCUAUGUGGACCCGUCAGGAGGAGAUCGCUUCUGCCUCGGUCAGCUUUCAAACGUACAUAGGACUGACACCAGUGAGAAGGCCAGGCUGCACAUUGGCAAAGGAGUCCAGCUGGAGUGUCGGGGUGAGGGCGAUGUCUGGAUGCGAUGCCUGAGCGACCACGCUGUAUUCGUGCAAAGCUACUAUUUGGAUCGAGAGGCGGGGCGGGCACCCGGAGACGCGGUACAUAAAAUCUAUCCUGGCGCGUACAUCAAGGUGUUUGACUUGCGUCAGUGUCACCGGCAGAUGCAGCAACAGGCGGCCACAGCACAGGCGGCCGCGGCGGCACAGGCUGCGGCUGUAGCUGGUAACAUCCCAGGGCCCGGAUCCGUGGGAGGAAUCGCCCCCGCUGUCAGUCUCUCGGCAGCCGCGGGCAUUGGCGUCGAUGACCUGAGGCGUCUCUGCAUUCUGCGGCUGAGCUUUGUCAAGGGCUGGGGUCCAGACUACCCACGGCAGAGCAUCAAACAGACUCCCUGCUGGAUCGAGGUACACCUCCACCGCGCCCUGCAGCUCCUCGACGAGGUCCUACACACCAUGCCUGUCACCGACCCAGGAUCUGUCAACUGACUCCGACCACCUACCCCGACUGCUUCCCACCCUUUGGUGCCGAACUCUGUACACUACUCAUUCAAAGCCAGGCGUCUGAUGCAAUAUAACUUUAUUUUUAUAUGUUUUAUCUUAUUUCUUAUUUACUAUGUCACACUACAUCCACGAACUGAGGGGACUCUCCUCCCUAAUACCUGCAAGAUUUAUUUAUUCAGUCUUUCUGAUUUGAACUCAGUAAAAUAUCAUUUUGCAGUGGGACACUGGAGCAGGAACUCUCUGCUUUUCCCGACUUCCUGUGUAACCAGGACAAGAAACAUCAAACUUAUCAAUUUUCAUUGGUGUAAUAGAUGCUGUGUUUUUUUUUAUAUAUAUAAUUAUUUUCCCCUUAGUUACACUGAAGGGGAUUUUUAAGACCUCUUUGUUCUUUUAUCAAAUGUCACUUUAAAUGUGCAACUUUUCCUGUUCUUGAGAUGAGACUUCAAAAAUCUGUUUUUAAAAGUAUCCAAUAAGAUCGUCCAUUAUCCUUGCCGUUCUCCUGUUUUUAUUCUGAUCUAAAUGAAGGGUGUGUAUGAACAAGAGAUACUGUGGACGCUGGAAAUCUGGAGCAUCCCACAAACUCAGCGGGUCAGGCAGCGUUUCAGAAUCGGGUUUAUCAUCACUGACAUACGCUCGGCUUACCACUUCAUUAGGUACCUCCUGCCACGACUAUGUAGCCCAUCCAUUUCGAGCUCUUCUGCAUGCUGUUGCUGUAACACAUGGUCAUCUGAGUUACUGCUGCCUUCCCGUCAGUUUGAACCAGUCUAGUCUGCCCUCUCUCAUUAACAAGGCAUUUCCACCCACUCACUGGAGGUUUUGUUUUGUUUUUCACAGCAUUCCUUCUUUAGUUUUUUCAUUGAGAUACAGCACAGAAUUGGCCCUUCCAGCCCUCCGAGCCAUGUCGCCCAGCAAUCCCGCAAUCUAAUCUGAGUUUAAUCCCGGGACUAUUUACAAUGACCUACUAACUGGUUUGUUUUUGGACUGUGGCAGGAAACCAGAGCACCUGGAGAAAACUCAUGCGGUCACAGGAGAAUGUACAAACUCCUUAUGGGCAGCAGUGAGAAUUGCACCUAGGUUGCCUGUACUGUAAAGCGUUGUGCGAACCACUACACUACCUGCCACCCUUUGUAAGAUCUAAAGACGGUUGUGUGUGUCAGCAGUUUCUGAGAUCCUCAAACCACAUUGUCUGGCACCAUCAUUCCACAGUCAAAGCCAGUUAGAUCACAUUUCUUCCCCAUUCUAAUGUUUGGUCUGAACAACAUCUGAACCUCUUCACCAGGUCUGCAUGCUUUUAUGCAGUGAGUUGCUGCCACGCGAUUGGCUGGUUAGAUGUUUGCAUUAAUGAUCGGGUGUACAGGUGUACCUAAUAAAAUGGCCACUACGUGUGUCGUGAAAUUUUUAAAUGUAGGAGACUUGAGAUGCAGGAAAUCCAGAACAACAUAUGCACGGAUAUAAAGUGCUGGAGGAGCUGAGUGGCUCUGGAAGAUCUGUGGGGGGAAGUGGACAGUAGACAUUUUGGGACAAGACUCUCUGUCUCAUGAGAUUCAACAGAACUUGAGCAUUCUCACCAAAUAUUGAGACCUGUGGCCCAGACAAAUGGUGGCUUGUCCUUAUGAAAACUUGUUCACUUUGCCAAUUGAUGACCUUCCCUCGGCACUGGCUAGUUCUAGAAAGGCUGGUUAUCUGCAAGUGUUGAACCCCAAGAGUGUGACCUGCCCAGAGGGAAGGUGAAGUACUGUUGGCAUAUGUUGGGACCACAUUUAGACUGUAAGAGCAUAAUACACAGGAGCAGAAUUAAGCCAUUCAGUCCAACGUGUAAGCUCCACCAUUUCAUCAUGACUGAUUUUAUUUAUCUAUCUACCGUUAUUUAUUUAGAGAUGGUAACAGGUCCUUCCAGGUCUAUCCAAUUACACCCAUGUGACAAAUUAACCUACUAACCCGUAUGGCUUUGGACUGUGGGAGGAAACUGGAACACCCAGAGAAAAUUCAUGCGGCCAUGGGGAGAACGUACAAACUCCUUACAGACAGCGGUGUUGGUGCUGUAAUAGUGUGAUGCUGUUUAUUAUCCUCCUCCCCCUUCUCCUGCCUUCUCCCUGUAUCCUUUGACGCCCUGACUCGUCAAGAAUCUGUUCACCUCCGCUUUAAAUAUACCUAAUGACUGGGCCUACACAGCUGCCUGUGGCGAUGAAUUCCACAGAUUCACCAUCAAAGACCAAAGAAACAUGUCUGAACAAUUCCUGUCGCACUCACCUCCAUAAUAAGCAAAAGCUUUGAGGGGCUAGUCAAGGACAGUGACACUGGAUCCCCUACAAUUCACCUACCGACACAACCGAUCAACAGAUGACGCAAUACCCACAGCUCGACACACGGUCCUUACACACCUGGAGGGGCGGGAUGCUUAUGUGAGAAUGCUGCUCUUGGACUACAGUUCAGCAUUCAAUACCAUAAUUCCCUCCAGGCGUGACAAAAAAACUUAGAGACCUCUGACUGCACCCUGCCUUGUGCAGCUGGAUCCUGGACUUCCUGUCAGAUCGCUGGCAGGUGGUAAGAGUGGGCUCCCUCACCUCUGCCCCUCUGACCCUCAACUUAGGAGCCCCCUAGGGCUGUGUCCUAAGCCCCCUCCUUCACUCUCUGUACACCCAUGACUGUGUCACCACCCAAUCUGCUAAUUAAAUUUGCAGAUGAUACUACAUUGAUUGGCCUUAUCUCAAAUAGUAAUGAGGCAGCCUACAGGGAAGAAGUCAUCACUCUGACACAGUGGUGUCAAGAAAACAACCUCUCCCUCAAUGUUGCAAAAACAAAGGAGCUGGUUGUGAACUACAGGAGGAAUGGAGACAGUCUCAUCACUAUUGACUUCAAUGGAUCUGAGGUUGAGAGGGUGAACAGCUUCAAGUUCCUCGGUAUAAACAUCACCAAGGAUCUCACGUGGUCUGUACGUACCGGCUGUGUGGUGAAAAAGCACAACAACCCAUCUCUUUCACUUCAGAUGGUUGAAGAAGUUUGAUAUGAGUCCCCAAAUCCUAAGGACUUUCUACAGGGGCACAAUUGAGAGCAUCCUGACUGUCUGCAUCACUGCCUGGUAUGGGAACUGUACUUCCCUCAAUCGCAGGACUCUGCAGAGUGGUACGGACAGUCCAGCGCAUCUGUAGAUGUGAACUUCCCAUGAUUCAGGGCAUUUACAAAGACAGGUGUGUAAAAAGGGCCCGAAGGAUCAUUGGGGACCCGAGGCACCCCAACCACAAAUGUUCCAGCUGCUACCAUCCGGGAAACGGUACCGCAGCAUAAAAGCCAGGACCAGCAGGACAGCUUCUUCCACCUGACCAUCAGACUGAUAAAUUCACACUGACAUGAUUGCACUUCUAAGCUAUAUUGACUGUUCUGUUGUGCAUACUAUUUAUUAUAAAUUACUGUGAUUGCACAUUCAGACAGAGAUGUAAUGUAAAGAUUUUUACAGGUGUAUGUGAAGGAUAUAAGAAAUAAAGUCAAUUCAAUUCAACUAAAGGAGUUCCUCAGAUCUCUGUUCAAAAUGGAUGUUUAUUCUGAGACUCUGCUCUCUGGUCCUAGACUUCCCCACUGCAGGAAACAUCCUCUCCACAUCCACCCUAUCUAGGCCCUUCAAUGUUUGGUAGGCUUCAAUGAGAUUCCCUCCACCCAACCUCCACCAAUGUUUCUAAACUCCAGUGAGUACAGGUCCAUAACCAUCAAACACUCCUCAUAUAUUAACCUUUUUAUUCCCAGGAUAAUUCUCAUGAGCCUCCUCUGGAACCUCUCCAAUGCCAGCACAUCCUUUCUUGGAUAAGGCAGCCACAGUGGCGUUGCUGUUACAGCUUGGGGCAUCAGCGUUCAAUUCCAAUCCUCAAAGCAAGUGUGCACGCUUCCUUCUGUGUGCAUGUGGGUUUCCUCCAGGUGCUCCGGUUUCCUGCCACAUUCCCAGGAUUAGUAGGUUAAUUAGUCAUUGUAAAUUGUCCCGUGAUAGGCGAAGGUUAAUUCAGUGGGUGGCUGGGCCGUGCAGUUUGUUGGGCUGCAAGGGCCUGUUC